AUGCCGUCUUUGUUGCUGUUAACUUUUGACAAUUUGUUACAGAUCAAGGCCAAAAAGGCUUCUUGGACGAUGGGCUCAUCAUUCCUCGUAAAAAAGGCAACUAAAACAGUUCCAGAGAUUCAAAUUGAUGUUGAAACUGAUCUAAUCGACGAAGAUACGCUUUUCACCGAGGAAGACUUGAAGAAACCACAGUUGCCACAAGAUGGAGAUUGUGAAGUUGGAAAGACGAGAAAAGCCUGCAAGAACUGCACAUUUGGUCAGGCUGAGGAAGAAGCUGAAGUGCUGAAACUUGGUCUCACUGCAGAGCAGAUAAAUAACCCUCGAUCAGCAUGUGGCAAUUGUGGUCUCGGUGAUGCAUUCCUCUGUAGGACAUGCUCAUAUAGAGGUCUCCCGUCAUUCAAACUCGGCGAAAAGGUGUCUCUAUCAGCAAACUUCCUUGCUGCUGAUAUUUAA